AUGGCGUACCUUCUCAUUUUUUUCGCCGUGUUCUCAGUAGGUGCGGGUUGCCAUCAAGAACUAAACCACCAAUCGACUACCGGUCUUUUCCUGGACGGCCGUAUAGUCGGUGGCGCACCAGCAAACAUAAGAGACCACCCUUACCAGCUAUCGCUGAUCUACCGAGGCGAGCACAUUUGCGGAGCGGCCCUGGUCGCCCGCGAUAUGGCCGUAACGGCGGCACAUUGUGCCCGCCGAGAUUCACUAUACGUAAGGGCGGGUUCCUCGUUUAGAGGGCGCUACGGACAAGUGGUGCGGGUGGUCAAGACGCACGUGCACCCCAGUUAUUCCGCCGCUACAAUGGAUUUCGAUGUGGCCGUGUUGGAGCUUGGGGAAGACGUCACCUCGGACAAUGCCGCACCGGUGCUGCUCCCCACAAUUUCAAGUAGCGUUCCUGUGGGAAGGAUCGCCACGGUUACCGGUACGUCACGGUCACUUUGUGCGCCGACAAAAUUAACCUGUAAUUGUUAUCACCAAAACUAUUUUGCAGGCUGGGGCAGCGUUCGAGAGAGCGGACCGUUGGGCGAUAUCCUGCAGGUGGUGAGGAUACCGGUGGUGACCAACAGGCAGUGCCAAGCGGCGUACCUAUUCAAACCCAUAACCAACAGGAUGUUCUGCGCCGGAUUUUUGGGAGUAGGGGGCAGGGAUUCGUGUCAAGGGGACUCGGGCGGACCACUCGUGAUCGACGGGGUACUCAUGGGCGUCGUCUCCUGGGGAUUCGGAUGCGCCAGGCCCGAGUACCCCGGAGUGUAUUCGAACGUUCCCGUGCUUAGCAGGUUCAUCAGGACCGUCGCUCGUAUCGCGUGA